AUGGCGAUGAACAUACCUGUGGAAUUCUUUCUAAACUCUGUAAUCGAGUUCGACGAAGCGAACGAAGCAUUGAAAACAGCCGGUUACCUCUAUUUAUACUGGACUGACGAAUAUCUUCAGUGGAACAGCACAGAGUUUAACGGAGCUGAACAUAUUUUUCUGGUUCUUCAGUCAACAUGUGACGUAGACAUCCGGUACUUUCCAUUCGACGUUCAAACGUGUAAUUUAAAGUUUACCGCCUGGAGUUAUUCGAAGGAAGACGUGGAUCUCAAUAGAGGCUCAGAACUCAUCGAUCUGACAGAGUACACCCCUAACAGCAUGUGGGACAUCCAUUCCACAGCUGCCAGAGAGGUCAACACAGAAGAGUCAGCGGUUGUGUUUGAGAUCAAGUUAAAACGAAAACCUGGAUUCUACAUCAUCAACAUCGUCGUUCCAGUUGUUCUCCUCUCCUUCCUGAACACGUUUUCGUUUGUACUUCCAAUCACGUCGGGUGAGCGUGCCAGCUUUUCUGUUACGGUAUUCCUCUCACUGGCCGUGUUUCUGACCAUUGUCGCCUCGUCGUUGCCCAAAAACUCCGAUAGCGUCACGUUACUGUCCAUUUACUUGAUUCUUAUGACCGUUGCAAGCACGCUUAUUGUGCUUCUGUGUCUUGUGGAAGCGCGAUUAGCCUCUCGAAAUAUGACGGAACACCCUAUAGGCAAUGGCUUCUUGGCGUUGUUGUUGUAG